AUGGCUUCUCUCGUCAACGUUCGUCGCGAUGUCAAGGACGCCUUCUAUCGCUACAAGAUGGAAAAGCUCGUCACCAAGAUCGAGGGCAAGGGCAACGGUAUCAAGACCGUCAUUGUCAACCUGAGCAGCGUUGCUCAGUCUCUUGCCCGUCCUGGCGCCUACGUGAUCAAGUACUUCGGCUUCGAGCUGGGUGCCCAGACAAACGUCGACCCCGCUGACGACCGCUGGAUCAUCAACGGUUCUCACAACGCCGCUAAGCUGCAAGACCACCUUGACGGCUUCAUCAACAAGUUCGUUCUCUGCAAGAAGUGCAAGAACCCCGAGACCGACGUCAACAUCAAGGACGGACGUAUUCUGCUCGACUGCAAGGCGUGUGGUCAGCGUUCGGAGGUUGACCUGCGCCUGAAGCUCAGCAGUUACAUCCUGAAGAACCAGCCGAAGAAGGGUAAGAAGGACAAGGCCGAGCGCAAAGCAGCUCGCCGCGCCAAGGCCAAUGGUGCCAAGGAGAACGGCCAAAAUGGCCACGGAAGCGGAAGCGGCGGCGAGGGCUCCGAUCACGGAUCCAACGACGCCGACGACCAGGACGCUGGCAGUGAUGACGAGCUGGAGAAGAUGAAGAAGGAAGCCCCUGAGCUCGAUGACAACGAGACGGCUGAGCACGAGUGGGCCGUGGACAUGAGCGAGGAGGCUGUGAAGGCCCGUCAGGCCCAGCUGCCCGGUGAGUUCAAGCAGAAGCUCAACAUCGGCGAUGAUGAGGAUGAGGAUGGCGAGGGCGGUGGCAACACUGUCUAUGACGAGUUCGGCACUUGGAUCCAGGACCAGGCCACCGCUAAGGGCGGUGUUGACAACGUCGACUCCAUUGACAUCUUCGUCAAGGCCAAGGAGCUUGGCAUCGAGACCAAGCACCGCUCCGUCCUCGUCCUGGUUCAGACCAUCUUUGACGAGAACAUUCUCGCCCAGAUUCCCAAGCGUUCCGGCAUGAUGAAGCAGUUUGUCACUUCUGACCGCCACGAGAAGGCUCUGCUUGGUGGCACCGAGCGCCUUAUUGGCAGCCUCGGCAAGGAGCACCCCGAGCUGUACACUCAGAUUGUCAAGAUCCUGCAGCUGUACUACAACUUCGACCUGCUCAGCGAGGAGGUCGCCAUCAAGUGGGGCAGCAAGGCCAGUAAGAAGUACGUCGAUGUCGCCACCUCCAAGAAGGUCCGCAAGGCCGCCGAGCCCUUCAUCAAGUGGCUCGAGGAGGCCGAGGAGGAGGAGUCCAGCGACGAGGAGUAA